CUCUGGGUUGUUUCUGUGUCUCUGGUAGAGCGAAAAGGAAAGUGCAGUGGCGAUGAGUUCUAGAGGGAGGACGACAGAGAUUGGGGUCGUUUCAAGGAAGUGGAAAGAGACGAGUGAAAUAAUCCCCGAGAGAAACAAAGUCUGGAUUGAACCCUCCAUCAUUCAAAGAAAAGUUGCUGUUGUUUACUACUUGUCUAGAAAUGGCCACCUUCAACACCCUCAUUUCAUGGAAGUUCCUCUCUCUUCUAAUACUGGACUUCACCUCAGAGAUGUAAUCAACCGCCUAAACCUCCUUCGAGGCAAAGGCAUGGCUAAUCAAUACUCUUGGUCCUCCAAACGGAGUUACAAAAACGGCUUCGUUUGGCAUGACUUAGCAGAAAACGAUUUUAUUUACCCAUCUCACGGCCAAGAAUACGUUCUCAAAGGAACGGAGAUUCUCGACCACUCGAUUAGCCCUCAAUCCCUCGACGUUAUGUCGCCUGAAAAGUCAGACAAAGAUCAUGAUUUUCAGUCCAUCGGACGGCGGAGGGAUCCGCCUCGGAGUUCUACUGACCUGUGUGAGUACAAAGUUUACACGGCUGAAUCAAGUUCUGACUCGUCUGGGAGACUCGCUGCGGACGCGUUGACUCAGACCGACGAUAAGAGGAGGAGAAAGCCGGUGGUCAAAGAACCGAAAAUCGAAAAGUUGCAAAGCCCAAGUCAAGAGUUCGAGCUGAGUAGGGAAGACAUUUCGCCUCCACCGUUGGAUUCGAGCUCGGAGACAUUGGAAACCCUGAUGAAAGCCGACGCGCGGAGGAUUUUGAGCAACGCUGAUGGUAACAAAGAAGACAACUUGAACCGUAGCGGGAGAAUGAGAGCGUCGGCUGUUUUGAUGCAGUUAAUAUCGUGCGGCUCUGUUUCAAUCAAGGAAUGUGUGGCCAAGUCGGAGAGAGAUCAAGGGUUCUCAUUGAUCAGACAUUACAAAUCGAGGUUGCCACCCGGAGCAGGAAAUUGUAGCCAUGAACGUAAAGAGUAUUUUAGUGGGAGCUUGGUUGAGACCAAGAAAGAAGAAGCUCCUGAUCUGAGCAAGUCUUCGUCUUGCAAUGCUGAAAGGAGCUCGCAGUUGCAGUUGCAGUUGCAGUGGCAGUUGGCAGAAAAGGAGAUCGAUGGAACGCCGGGAACGAACUAAAAAGGGGGGAACGUGAAUGCAAACAGCUGCUUUGAAAGUGGAAGCAAAAGGCAUGAUUUUCAAGAGAUUUUUGGAGCCUGGCUAUGCCAAUUGUAGUAAUAUGUAGUUUAGUACCAAAACAGAUAGGGGCAAGUGUUGUAGGCGAU